AUGGGUCCAAGCAAAUUGAGAAGAGCCAUUGGAGCAGUUAAGGAUAAGACAAGCAUAGGGCUAGCCAAGGUGGGAAGCAGCAGCUCAUUGGGGGAUCUUGAAGUGGCAAUUGUGAAGGCAACAAGGCAUGAUGAGUACCCUGCUGAAGAGAAGCAUGUUAGGGAGAUCCUGAGCUUAACAUGUUACUCGAGGGCCUACGUUAGUGCCUGCGUUAGCACCAUCUCCAAGCGUCUAAGCAAGACAAAAAGUUGGACGGUUGCUUUGAAAUCCCUCAUUCUCAUUCAAAGGCUACUAUCAGAUGGAGAUCCUGCUUAUGAGCAAGAAAUAUUCUUCUCAACUAGGCGCGGCACUCGCCUUCUCAACAUGUCUGAUUUCAGGGACAGGUCCUAUUCUAGUUCUUGGGAUUUCUCUGCAUUUGUGCGCACCUACGCCUUGUAUCUUGAUGAAAGGCUUGAGUACAAGAUGCAGAACAGGCGCGGAAGGCGCAGCAGGUUUGGUUUUGAUGAAGAUGAUGAGCAAAGUAUCGAAGUCAGUACAAAAGCCACACCUUUGAAUGAUUUUAGGACCGAGCUACUAUUUUCCAAGAUGCAGCAUUUGCAGUUGCUUCUUGAACGCUUUAUAGCUUGUCGUCCCACAGGAGUGGCAAAGACCCAUCGUAUUGUCAUAGUGGCUCUGUAUCCUAUUGUGAAGGAGAGCUUUCAAAUAUAUCAUGAUAUGACAGAGAUCAUGAGCAUCUUAAUCGAUCGUUUCGCCGAAGAGAUGGAGGUACAAGAAUGCAGCAAAGUGUAUGAUGUUUUCUGCCGCGUUGGAAAGCAGUACGACGAGCUAGACAUGUUCUAUACCUGGUCCAAGUCCAUAGGCAUUGGGCGCGCAUUCGAGUAUCCGGAUUUAGAGAAGGUAACAGCCAAGAAGCUGGAGCUCAUGGAUAACUACAUCAGAGAGAAGUCCAGAAUAGCCAAAUGUAGAAAACUAGAACAACAAGAACAUCAAAGUGAAGAUGAAAAAGCAGAGGAACCUGAACCACAAGAGGAUAUGAAUGCAAUUAAGGCGCUGCCGCCGCCAGAAGAAGUAAAGGAGGAGCCAGUAGAAGAAACAAAGGAAGCAGAGCCCAAGAAUGAAGAGCCAGAGCAAACAGAGGGGGAUCUAUUGAAUCUAGGAGAUGACACAGUGACAACUCAUGAAUAUGGGGACAAACUAGCCUUGGCAUUGUUUGAUGGGGCUGCACCAGCAACAAAUAGUGACACCAAAGCUCUUCCAUGGCACGCUUUUGAUGAUUCAGCAGAUUGGGAAACAGCAUUGGUUCAAUCAGCAAGCAACUUGUCCAACCAGAAGCCAUCACUUGGGGGAGGCUUUGACACCUUGUUGUUGGAUGGUAUGUACCAACAUGGAGCUGCAUAUUCAGCCAUGCAAGGACCAGGUUAUGGGGUAAGUGGCAGCAAUAGUAGCGUCGCACUAGGCUCGGCUGGAAGACCUGCCAUGCUAGCAUUGCCGGCACCACCAUCUCCGGCAGGUGGUUUGACUUCGUUUGGUGCAGACCCUUUUGCAGCUUCAUUGGCUGUGGCACCUCCACACUACGUUCAAAUGUCAGAGAUCGAAAAGAAACAGAGGUUGUUGAUGGAGGAGCAACUAAUGUGGCAGCAAUAUGCAAACCGUGGGAUGCAGAUGCAGGGACAAGUUGCAUACCCAAAUGUACAAGCUAACAAUACGUACAUGGGAGGGUAUCAACAAAACUAUUGGGGCUAUUCUCAUUAA